AAAAAAAAAAAGCAAAAAAAAAAACUGUCAACUCACAACUGCCGCAAUCAUAUUUGAACACCUUCCGUUGACUGAUAACGCUAUAGCAGAUAUAAUGGAUCAUUCAAAGAAGCCGAACAAUAGUAAUGAAUUUGUUAACAAUUUAAGAGCAACAACGGCAAUAAGUAGUAGUCCAUCCAUACCAUGGAGUAAUAAUAAAGAUUCACCAACGGCUCUCGCCGAAGACGACUCAAAUGAAGAUGAUGCCGAUAAUAAUACGACACCAGAGAAAACAACAUAUCAGCUAACAUCCAAACUGAAGACUAAUGAGCGAACUCUAGUUGUCUCUGUUACGGAGCGUCGCCGAGAAACCUGGAAUCAAAAAGCCGAAUUCCUUUUAGCGGUAGUUGGAUUUGCUGUUGAUCUAGGCAACGUUUGGCGUUUUCCGUAUAUUUGCUAUCAAAACGGUGGCGGAGCAUUUCUUAUACCCUACUGCAUUAUGUUAGUAUUUGGCGGUUUGCCUUUGUUCUACAUGGAAUUAGCAUUGGGUCAGUUUCAUCGUUGCGGUUGCAUAAGUAUAUGGAAACGUAUAUGUCCGGCUUUAAAAGGUGUUGGUUAUGCUAUCUGCAUCAUUGACAUAUACAUGGGAAUGUACUACAAUACGAUUAUUGGAUGGGCAGUUUAUUAUUUGUUCGCCUCGUUCACCUCGCAAUUACCCUGGACAUCGUGCGAUAACGCUUGGAACACAGAUUCGUGCAUGCCGGUGACAAAUGAAAGUUUUACCGCCAAUCAAACUACCCCUGCCAGAGAAUUUUUCGAACGUAAAGUGUUGGAACAAUAUAAAUCGAAUGGUUUAGAUUUAAUGGGACCAGUUAAACCAACAUUGGCUGUGUGUGUCUUCGGUGUGUUUGUGUUAGUUUAUUUUUCUCUGUGGAAAGGUGUACGUUCCGCAGGUAAAGUUGUAUGGGUAACUGCUUUGGCUCCAUAUGUGGUGCUUAUCAUUUUGUUAGUUCGUGGAGUUUCGUUACCUGGCGCCGCUGAGGGCAUAAAAUACUAUUUAACUCCUGAAUGGCAUAAAUUGCAAAAUUCCAAGGUUUGGAUCGAUGCCGCUUCGCAAAUUUUCUUCUCAUUAGGUCCGGGAUUCGGUACGCUUUUGGCCUUGUCCAGUUACAAUAAAUUCCAUAAUAAUUGCUAUCGUGACGCCCUAAUCACCAGCAGUAUAAACUGUUUAACUAGUUUUCUGGCUGGAUUCGUUAUAUUUUCAGUACUAGGCUAUAUGUCUUACGUUCAAAAGACUACUAUCGAUCGCGUCGGCUUAGAAGGUCCGGGCUUAGUGUUUAUUGUUUAUCCGGAAGCUAUUGCUACCAUGAGUGGCUCCGUAUUUUGGUCGAUUAUAUUUUUUCUAAUGUUAAUCACGUUGGGACUGGAUAGCACAUUUGGCGGCUUAGAAGCUAUGAUAACGGCUCUAUGUGAUGAAUAUCCCCGUACAAUAGGAAGAAGAAGAGAAUUGUUUGUCUUGCUAUUACUGGCGGGUAUUUACUUAUGCGCUUUACCGACUAUGACUUAUGGCGGAGUUUUUCUAGUCAACUUUUUGAAUGUUUACGGACCUGGUCUGGCCAUAUUGUUUGUCGUUUUUGUCGAAGCGGCCGGUGUAUUUUGGUUUUACGGCGUUCAACGUUUCUCUGACGAUGUGGAAAGUAUGUUGGGCAAAAGGCCCGGUCUAUUUUGGCGUAUCUGUUGGACAUAUAUAAGUCCACUCUUUUUAUUGGUAAUUUUUAUCUUCUCAUUUCUGGGCUACAAGGAAAUGUUGGGCGAAGAAUAUAAAUAUCCGGAUUGGAGUGUUAAAGUCGGUUGGGCUAUAACGUGCUCUUCCGUUCUAUACAUACCCGCCUAUAUCAUUUAUAAAUUUGUUUUCGCUUCUAAAGGCGAUUGCCGUUCUCGCUUAAAGCAAUCAUUUCAAGCGAAUAGAAAUGGCAGCAGUGCCCCAUCCAAUCCGCAGCCGAUCAAUGUGUGACAUGGGAUUACGGCAAAUCAACUACUUUUCGCAAGCAACAAAUAUAACGACAUUUUCAAACGUCAUUCACCAACAACAACAAAAACAAUAAUAAUAAUAAUAAAGAUAAUAUAUAAAAUAUUUAUACAAAAGCUUAUUGUGCUUGAUUCGCGGCGCGAUCAUCAAUCCAUCUCAAAUUCAUAUUGUACGGUAUAACGGAUAUUUGAACGUGCAAUAAAAAUGCUUACGUAAAUUAUUUAAUGUAAAUUUAAUGAUUAGAAUAAGAUUUAAUAAUUACAAUAAAUUUAAUAUUAAUUAUUAAUUAAUUAUAAACUAAUUAUUAAUUAUAAUAUAAUGUUACUUGAUUUGUAAAUUGAUGAACGAUAACGAACGAUCUAUAUAUGUCGAUGCUAAUGCUGAGGACAAUAAUUACGCAGUGGUGCUCAGCAGUAAUUGUAAACCACUUAAUCAACAAUAACAACAACAACAAUAACUGACGGACGGACAUAACUAGAUUUGAAGCUAAAAAAUUUAUAUAUAAAUAUAUUGUUAAAUUCCCGCCACGUACAAAGAUAAUAAAUAAUAAUUAUAUAUAUAUACAAAUACAUAAACAAAAUAGCAGUAAUUAAGCUUAAUACAUUUGCAUUAUUUCAUAUAUAAUUUAUUUAACAUAAG